UAAAGUCACUAUUCUACUAGCACUCAACAAGUAUUAGUCAAAUUUCACUACUAACUGUUGUCUUAUAUUAUAUGAAAUUUUUAAAAAUCUGCUGCAGAAUGAAUUGGCCAACUGUCAUUGCUAUUUUCAUCUACUUAUUGCAUCAAGCUUCACUCGCCGCAUUGCCCAAGGAAGAAGGUGAAUGUGUGAUGUACCAUCUCAGUACAUCACGCAAACAUGUCCCAAGAGUCUACAGAGGGCCACCGAAGCCACUACAAAAAGAUAUAUUUAUCGAGGGAAACAUUACCGCUGUUGAACUUCUUGAAAAGGCAUGUCCAGAAUUUGCUUAUGGUAAUGACCCUCACCUUUGCUGCAGUACUGAGCAAUUGUCCACCGUACAAGAACAGUUUGAGAUGCUUGAUGCUUUAGGAUUUAGUCGCUGUCCGUCAUGUUUGCACAAUUUUCGGCAACUCGUCUGCUUUGUGAGUUGUGCCCCCUGGCAAACCCGAUUCAUGAGCGUCACCAACUCAGAGUGGUUUGAUGUUGGAGAUUUCAAAGAAGACGUAGUUUCAGAAGUAGAAGUACAUUUAGCAGAGUUAUAUGCGUACACACUUUUUGAAUCUUGUAAAGGAAUGCAAGGUCUAAUUCCUGGAACUAAAUUGUUAGACUUCGUGUGCGGCGCUUGGGGUAGUUCUCAGUGCAGUCCUGAACGAUGGCUGGACUUCAUGGGAUCCACAGUCGACGAAGGUGCUCACUCUCCUUUCAAAUUUAGAUACAUACUUCAUGUUGAAGAUGAAAUAGAAGUUAAAGGUCAAGCAGUGUUUCCCAUUAAAGCACCUCAUUUCAGAUGUUCCGAAGCUCCUAACCCGGAUUCAAAAGCUUGCACUUGCUAUGAUUGUGAAGAAUCAUGCACAGCCAAGGCUUUGGCGCCUCCCGUUUUUCCCGAUGAUCCAGAACCAUUUAGAAUUUUCGAAAUGGAUGGCGCAGUUUUCUUUUCAAUACUAGGCUUUGUUCUGUACUUCAUAAUUAUCACUGGGAUAUUUUGCUUCAUUAAAAAGUCUGGUUCUAGAAGAUCAGAGCCAGACCAUACUUCACAUGCUGCCCUUUCCAGUUUAAACUUAGGUUCUUUGGAAGAAAUUGAUCCUCUCAGAUCAAAAAACCCAAUAAUUGUGUCCAGCCUUGAUCGUCAAAUGCUAUCCCAAAAGUUGUAUAGUAAAUCAUCUAAGCCUGUCGGAAACUGGUUGGAAAUACACCUAGAAGCCUUGUUUACAUCUUGGGGUAUUUUCGUAUGUAGGAAGCCCAUAACUGUUAUGAUCUUAUCUCUUUUCAUCUGUAGCAUUUCUUCGUUAGGUUUAGUUUUGAAUUUCAAUGUCACGACAAAUCCUGUGGACCUCUGGGUGUCAUCCAACAGCGAAGCUCGAAGAGAUAUGGAGGAUUACAACAAACAUUUUGGGCCUUUCUACAGAAUUGAACAAAUCAUUAUUACCCCAACGAUUCAAGAGUCAUUUUAUCAUCCUAUUGUUAUUAAUCAUGAAUUGAAGAAAAUAUUAUGGGGACCUGUACUUCAACAAGAUUUUCUGUUUGCAGCCUUUGAUCUGCAAAUGCAAAUUGAAAAUUUAACUGCUAACACCGGAAACAAUACCAUACAUUUAAAAGAUAUAUGUCUGUCACCUCUGAAACCACUGAAUUCAGCAUGUGCAAUACAAAGCGUUUUUGGAUUUUUUCAAAAUAAAAAAGAAUACUUUCUCAACAAGACUGAAUACUUAACACAUUUCAAACGCUGUUCUCUUACGCCUCAAAAUCCUAACUGUUAUGCUCCAUUUGGAGGACCAAUCGACUCAGCGGCUGUGGUACUUGGAGGAUAUAAAGAAACAUACGAUUCAGCUGAAGCAUUAGUUAUUACUAUCCCUGUCACAAAUUAUAAUGACGACAGUAAAAAUUUGAAAGCUAAAAUCUGGGAAUCUAAGUUUCUGAGUUUUAUAAAAAAUUACUCCCAUCCAUUAAUGAAUGUAGCUUUUAAAGCCGAAAGAUCCAUAGAAGACGAAAUCGAAAGAGGGAGCAGAUCGGAUCUUUUACCAAUAGCUAUCAGUUAUGCAUUCAUGUUCUGCUACAUCACUUUCACUCUAGGAGAAUAUCAUGAAUGUAAGACACUGCUGGUAAAAUCUAAGGUUAUUCUUGGAUUCGUUGGAGUUCUCAUUGUGCUUGUUUCAGUAUGUUGCUCCUUGGGCUUCUUCUGUUUCCUUGGAGUUCCAGCUACAUUAAUAAUAGUAGAAGUCAUACCAUUUUUGGUAUUAGCAGUUGGCGUAGACAAUAUUUUCAUACUGGUACAAGCUUUCCAGAGAGAAGAAAAGAAAGAGGGCCAAACACUAGAAAAACGCAUUGGUUUGGUAGUGGGAAAAGUUGCCCCAAGCAUGCUGCUUUCCAGUAUUUCGAUGUCCACCUGUUUCUUUAUUGGUACACUGACUGAAAUGCCAGCCGUCCGAUUAUUUGCCUUAUAUGCUGGUGUAGCGUUGCUAGUGAAUUUCUUUUUGCAGAUGACAUGUUUUUUGGGACUUUUCAUUUUAGAUUGCAGAAGGGAAGAGGAACGUAGAGUGGAUCUUUGUUGUUGCUUCAAAAUUUCGAAAGAAGGAGAACUCGAAAAUAUUUAUUUUAAAGAUGGUUUAUUAUUUAAAACUAUUAAAGAAUUUUAUGCUCCUUUUCUGAUGGAAAACUCCGUGCGAUACAUCGUGAUGAUUGCUUUUGGAAUCUGGCUGUGUUCAUCUGCUGCUGUAGUUGAUAAAAUUGAAAUUGGAUUUGAUCAAAAGCUAGCUGUUCCAGAGGACUCUUAUAUGCUGAAGUACUUUCUGUAUUUAGAAAAAUAUCUAUCAGUCGGUCCUCCUAUUUAUUUCGGCAUUAGCGAAGGUUACAAUUAUUCUGAUACCAAGGCUCAGAAAAUAAUUUGCUCUGCUCAAGCCUUCUGUGAAUCCAAUUCUAUAACUUCUGAACUUGGCAGAAUGGCGAGAGUGAAAAACAGGACGUUUGUAGCUUUUCAACCUAUUUCAUGGCUGGAUAAUUAUUUUGAAUAUUUACAAGCGGAAACCUGUUGUUAUGAAUUCAAAAGCAAUGGAACGCACUGUCCAUCUUAUGUCGCCCAUCAAUUUAAAGGUUUAUGCCGAUCUUGCCGAACUAGAAAACCAUCUUCCUUGUCUGAAGCGGAAUUUAAUAGAAGACUUAAAUUCUUUUUAUCGGAUUCUCCUUGGGAAAAAUGUCCAAAGGCUGGAAAAGCUAUGUUUAGUUCUUCAAUUGAUCUAUCUUCUUCUCAGAACUCCACAAAAAUAAAAGCUACGAACUUCAUGUCAUAUCACACUGUCCUGAAAUCUUCUAAAGAUUUCUAUGAAGCUUUAGACUGGUCAAGGAAGAUUGCUGUUAAUUUAACAAAGAUUUUAAGAAACGAAUCUCAUAAUGAAAAUGUACGAGUUUUUCCGUACAGUUUUGUCCACGUCUUCUAUGAACAAUACUUGACUAUGUGGCCUGAUACUUUGAGAAGUUUGGCUGUAUCAGUACUUGCAAUAUUCGUGGCAACAUUUCUGCUUUUAGGAUUGGAUUUACAUUCGGCAGCUAUAGUCGCGAUAACAGUAAUUGCAAUUGUGGUCAAUAUCAUGGGUCUUAUGUACUGGUGGAACAUCUCUUUAAAUGCUGUAUCCCUGGUAAAUCUAGUGGUAGCCGUUGGGAUAUCUGUUGAAUUUUGCACCCAUUUAACCAGAAGUUUUGCGAUUAGUACUAAACCUUCCAGGAUUUUGAGAGCUCAAGAUGCUUUAUGUGAAAUGGGAACAUCAGUUCUUUCAGGUAUUACGUUAACAGAUUGUGGUAUUUUAGUCCUGAUAUUUGCCAAGUCUCAAAUAUUCCAAGUGUUCUACUUUCGGAUGUACCUUGGCAUCAUAGCAUUUGGUACUCUUCACGGACUAGUAUUCUUGCCUGUUUGCUUAAGUCUUUUCGGUCCCUCUUCCAGAACAAAAAGCAACGAUAAAUCUGUGAUUUUCAGAAGAAAUUCUGAAAUGGUUAUCAUAAGCAGGAAUGAAGCAGAAUGCAAUUCUUAGGUUAACCUUUUGCUGAUUAGGAACAGGCAGUCCAGAGCUCAACUUUCAAAAUUGACUGUGUAGAAAAUAUUUCAACUUUAAUAAGUGGCAUUCAUACAGAAUACAAGAUCGCCGCCUAAAAUCAAACAAAUAGGUCCUUUCUUAAGCAAAAUCAAAACUUUCUUUUCUGAAAAAUUUUGUUUGAAGACAUGAAUGUUGCUUUGAUCUAGAUAGAAACAUUAAUUUAAAAAAAUCACAUUUGGAAAAGUAAAAACAAUUCUUCAUUCAAGAAAUUCAUCAUCACUCACAGCUUUUUGUUCUAUGUUAUAUGCUGCCGCUUGCAGACGUUCUUUAGUUGGUCCCAUUUUCUACAAGAGUAUACUGUGUGGUACCGACAGAUUCAUUUAAUUUUCAUUGGGAUUAUAUUUGAACUAGAAAUGAAUUGACUUUAUCUGGAUAUUUGAUAAAUCUUUGCUGAUUAACUCUAAAAGCCAAUCCUUAUGUCACAUGAACUCAAUCACAUAUGCCCAAGUAUUAUUAAGGUAAUGCAGUUCUGUAUAGGUGUUGAAGGUGUUAAUUUGGAACAAAUUUUUAAACACUUUAAUUAAUAUAAUGCCAUUCUAUUUUUUUAAUUUAAUGAAAUUUAAUAAAUACGUUAUAUGCUUUAGCAAAGGGAAGAUAGAAUUUAAACCGCUUGAAAUUAAUUAACAAAACUUUAUAUCCUUUGAGAUUUUAUUGACCACAUUUAGUAUUUAUUACAGUAUAAUUUUAUUCAAAUACUUUAAAGAUAAGGUUAAUUGUUUUUUUUGAGGGGGGGGAGAUCGUCCAAAAAGGGCUUAAAUUGGAAUUAAAAUUAUUUCCUGAAUUUGAGGUUCAGAUCAAGAAGUCUAUCAUAGCUCUCAGAAAGCAGUUAUAAUCAUUAUAAUUAUCAUUAAUUGGAAUUGAAAAAAACUAAAGCAAAAAGAGAAUAAUUCAUAUAAAUAGACACCAAACAACAGAAAAAACUAAGGCUGUGUGUUUUUAUUUCUUCAGGAACAAACGAAUAAAGAAAGAAAUGCUACAGUUCUUAAAAUAUCAAAAUUGAGUUCAGAUUUUAUAUGCUGACAUGAGCUUGAAAAUCAAAACCUAUUUUGCAUUAUUGAGCUUAAAGAAAUUAGUAAUGUAAUUUGAGAAGUAAUUUUCUUUAAUUGAAUUGAUGAAACAAUUUUAAUAGGCUAUGUUUUA